CGCUGACGCCAGCCAAUGGGAGCUCCGCGCGACGGCGCGGUAUUUUGGAGCCCGGGAGGGCGGCGGGGACGCAGCUAUGGCGGGACUGCGCGGGGCGCUCAUCGUGCUGGAAGGCGUGGACCGCGCCGGGAAGAGCACGCAGAGCCGUAAGCUGGUGGCCGCGCUAUGCGCCGCCGGCCAUCGCGCCGAGCUGCUACGCUUCCCGGAAAGAUCAACUGAAAUUGGCAGACUUCUGAGUUCUUACUUGGAAAAGAAGAGUGAGGUGGAGGAUCACUCGGUGCACCUACUUUUCUCUGCAAACCGCUGGGAACAAGUGCCAUUGAUUAAGGAGAAGUUGAGCCAGGGCAUCACCCUCAUCGUGGACAGAUACGCGUUUUCUGGUGUUGCCUUUACCAAUGCCAAGGAGAACUUCUCCCUGCAUUGGUGCAAGCAACCAGACGUGGGCCUUCCCAAACCAGACCUGGUCGUGUUUCUUCAUCUGAAGUUGGCAGAGGCUGUGCAGCGGGGCGGGUUCGGCCGAGAACGCUACGAGGAUGGGGCCUUCCAGGAGCGGGCACUGCAAUGCUACUACCAGCUCAUGGAGGACAGGACCUUAAACUGGAAGAUGAUUGAUGCUUCCAAAAGCAUUGAAGACGUCCACAAGGAGAUCUGUGCACUCUCUGAGGAUAUCAUCCAGACCGCCGCGCCGAGGCCGCUGGGGAAGCUGUGGAUGUAAACGUGGAGGGAUUAUCCCCUUCCCUGGGUCCUGUCAGGCGGGAGCCUUGUGAAAGGCUUGAUGUGUGGAGUGUUCACAUUGCACAACAUGGGGGGCUGUGUACAAGCCGACGACAAGCGGAGCUACGAUGGGCCUCGAAAGGCCUGGGCACAGGAACUUCAUGGUAUGUCGCUCGGCCUUCCUCUGCCCUCUCUCACCCUGAGGAUUUGAUAAAUUAUUGCACUUUUUACUGAAACUUAACGAUAACCAUAUCCAAGCAGGUUCAAGAUAAUUGAUAUGGCAAUCAGUUUGAAACCUGAAUUUCUUACAGGCACGAAUAAAAAUUACUUUGAAAGUA